AUGACAUUUUUCGACAUUAUCGGAGUUCAACUGAGAGUUGAAAGCAUUCCACCUGCUCACACGGAAUCUCUGAACCUACGGACGGCGGCCGGGUCACAAGCACACUCGCUGAUCCCCGAUUUGGACGUAUUAGAAGAUGUGGUCUCAUCUAAUUUUCAAACCGAUGUUCAAGAUCUGGCCUCCUCGUCACAUAUAAAACAAUCACAGGCGCCAGAAAACCAGUUUGUAUUAGCCUCGAAUACGGAUUUUCCAAAGUUGCAGGACUAUGGCGAUGGAAGUAACGUGUUAUUUGACGCUACUUUGGAGCCUAUGCCUGGUGAUGAAGAUGAGGACGAGGACUGGGGCGAAUUUGAAUCUGCAGAGUCAGCGAUAGGCAAAAACCGGCCGCCAGCACGCUUUCAACAGCAGGAUGGUCUACGGGAUGGUCAAAGUAGAGCCAAGGAUGCUCCUACGCUGCUUGACGUGAUGGAUACUCUAUCAAUUGCGGACUCGAAACUACCAAACACCAGCAAGCCCGCUGUCAGACAGUCGAUUGAUAAGCCUAGUUCACAUAUUAAGGCUGUUGGUCCCGUUGCUGUACCCGACCCUGCGCAGGACGAUUCGUUUGAAGAUUGGGGUGAAUUCAUUGAUGGGCCACCUGCAGAGAUCAAGCCAGUGAAGCUCCAAAGCUCUUCCGGAUCGAGGAGUCCUCAGGGCAAAACCCCGCAGGCUGGGACAGGCGUCCUUACGUCUUCUAAUUUUACUAUGCCUGGAGAAAAGGUAUCCGAAUCUCAGAUCCGUCCUACAAACAUACCCCCACCGUCUGUUCUCUUGGAGUUAUUUCCCAGGAUUUUUGAGCGACUUCGUGAAGAAGCUACCAAGGCGAGAAGAGGUCUGCAACAGGAAGACCAGGUCGAGACCGCCGCAUCCCUUAUGCUCUGCACUUUGAAAGUGGUUGCACGAGUAGUUGCUGGUCGCACUCUGCGGUGGAAACGAGAUACAAUAUUGAGUCAAAGCAUGCGAAUAGGCCCCGCACGUUCAGGGAAGCCAGGCGGAAUGAAACUCAGUACCGUAAACAAGAACGAGAGCAUCAAGGAACAACAGGAGGCUGUUGACAUCCUCGCAAUGUGGCGUGAUCAAGCCGCGCUCUUCAAUUCUGUGAUCCAGGCAUCCGGAAGGCAACCGAUCCAGGCCAUUGCAGAAAAUGCUCGUGUAGUAACAGCUACCGCGGCCCAGGGAGCCAUCAAAGCACCUCAUGCUUGCGCCCUUUGCGGGCUGAAGCGUGACGAGAGACUGCCAAAAAUCGAUGAGGACGUGCAAGACAGCUUCGGAGAAUGGUGGGUUGAGCACUGGGGCCAUAGCGAGUGCAAAGGCUUUUGGGAAAAGAACAUGGGCCUUCUAGCUCAACGAUAAUAAUGCCAUACAGACCAUGAUUAGAAUGCAUACUCCGAGUUUCUAGGAUUUGCAGCUUGUUAGCGCGGUUUUUGGACGCCUUACUUGAUGGCAAAUCUUUCUUUGCGCCAUAUUAUUUCUUUGUGUUCGCAGUGCAGUGUAUGUGACAUACAUCAGACGUUUCACUGCAAACUCACGAUAGUUAAUUGCUCAAGCUGACAUAUUAUUUGGGGCUAGUCUAGCUCGGUAUGUACUCCGAUAACAGAGAUAAGACCGUCCUGUCUUCAAAACAGAAGGGAUCUUGUAAAUAAUGAACUUUAGGUAUGUUCGAC